AUGGACACCUCAUCCAAGAAAAACUCCCAUUUGUUCCACAAAACUCCAGCACGACCCGUCAGAAGGCAAUCCCUUAAAGUGGGGUGUCCAUCCCCAGAGGAAGCACGACCGUGCUGUGGCGAACUCAAGGUGUUCUUGGGUGCCUUGUCUUUUGUUUACUUUGCCAAAGCACUGGCAGAAGGCUAUCUGAAGAGCACCAUCACUCAGAUAGAGAGAAGGUUCGAUAUCCCUUCCUCUCUGGUGGGAAUAAUUGAUGGUAGCUUUGAAAUCGGGAAUCUCCUGGUCAUCACAUUUGUUAGCUACUUUGGUUCCAGACUUCACAGGCCGAAAAUCAUCGGAGCGGGCUGCCUGGUCAUGGGAGUUGGCACAAUGCUCAUUGCGAUGCCGCAGUUCUUCAUGGAGAAGUACAGAUAUGAGAAAUAUGAGAAGUAUUCUCCCUCCUCCAACCUUACUCCCAAUGUCUCUCCAUGCCACCUAGAGCUCAGCAGUCUGUCGCCAAGCUCAGUCAUGGGAAAAUCACAAAACAAAAUAAAUGAUGAAUGUGAAGGGGAUGCCAGCUCCUCCAUGUGGGUUUAUGUCUUCCUGGGAAAUCUUCUGCGAGGAUUAGGGGAAACUCCCAUCCAACCCCUUGGCAUCGCCUAUCUGGAUGAUUUUGCCAGUGAAGACAAUGCUGCCUUCUACAUUGGAUGUGUUCAGACAGUGGCAAUUAUCGGGCCCAUUUUUGGCUUCCUCUUGGGUUCACUAUGUGCCAAACUGUAUGUUGACAUUGGCUUUGUGAAUCUAGACCACAUCACCAUCACCCCAAAGGAUCCCCAGUGGGUGGGGGCCUGGUGGCUUGGUUACCUAAUAGCAGGACUCCUAAGUCUCCUUGCAGCUGUGCCUUUCUGGUGCUUACCCAAGACCCUACCAAGAUCUCAAGGUAGAGAGGACCCUGGAUCCUCAUCUGAGAAGUCCAAGUUCAUCAUAGAUGACCCUAUCAGUUACCAAAUGGCCCCUGGAGAGGAAAUGAAAAUGGUGGAAAUGGCAAGAAAUUUUCUUCCAUCACUGAAGACUCUUCUUAGAAAUCCAGUAUAUAUCCUAUACCUGUGUGCAAGCACUGUUCAGUUCAAUUCUCUGUUUGGCAUGGUGACAUAUAAACCAAAGUACAUUGAGCAGCAAUAUGGGCAGUCAUCCUCCAAGGCCAACUUUUUCAUUGGGCUCAUCAACAUUCCUGCAGUGGCCCUUGGAAUAUUCUCUGGAGGAAUAGUUAUGAAGAAAUUCAGGCUGGGUGUGUUUGAAGCUACAAAACUCUACUUGGGAUCAUCUGUCUUUGGCUACCUCCUCUUCCUCUCUCUGUUUGCCCUGGGAUGUGAAAAUCCUGGUGUGGCCGGACUGACUGUAUCUUACCAAGGAACCAAACCUGUCUCUUAUCAUGAACGAGCUCUCUUUUCAGAUUGCAACUCAAGAUGUAAAUGUUCAGAGUCAAAAUGGGAGCCCAUGUGUGGGGACAAUGGGAUCACCUAUGUGUCAGCUUGUCUUGCUGGUUGUCAAUCGUCCAGUCAGAGUGGAAAGAACAUUAUAUUUUCUAACUGCACUUGUGUGGGACUUGCAGCCCCUACAUCAGGAAACUGGUCAGGAAUGAUGGGCAGAUGUCAGAAAGAUAAUGGAUGUCCCCAAAUGUUCCUGUAUUUCCUGGUGAUUUCAGUCAUCACGUCAUAUACGUUAUCUUUAGGUGGCAUACCUGGGUAUAUACUGCUCCUGAGGUGCAUUCAACCACAGCUUAAGUCUUUUGCUCUGGGUAUAUACACCUUAGCAGUAAGAGUUCUUGCAGGAAUCCCAGCUCCUGUGUAUUUUGGUGUUUUGAUUGACACUUCAUGCCUCAAAUGGGGAUUUAAAAAAUGUGGAAGCAGAGGCUCCUGCAGACUGUAUGACUCACAUGCCUUCAGACACAUAUACCUGGGAUUAACUACGCUCCUUGGAACAGUGUCCAUUUUCCUAAGCAUGGCUGUGCUUUUUGUUUUAAAGAGAAAGUAUGUUUCAAAACACAGCAGCUUCAUAACCACAAGAGACAAAGCAGUGGUAUCUUCAACCUUCAGGAAGGAAACAUCUGUUGCAAGGGUUCAUGUGCCACAGCCCAAGUACUGGCCAGGCAAGGAGACACGACUUUAG